AUUCGUUAAUUUAAAAUAGUCAGACGCGCGCUGCGGAAGCUACACGCUACACUUUCUACUCUGUCGAGUGCAAUUUCUCUCGUUAUUCAACUAAAACAUCGUGUUUUUUACAGUUUACACGCUACAAAUUUCUCCAAACAAAAUGGUUCAAUCGAGCAAAUUUGAAAAACCAAAGCAUCAUGUGCAUAAUAAUUGCAAGAAGGCCACCUUCGGUAUGGGCUGUUUCUGGGGCUGCGAUUCUCUGUUUGGCGCCACCAAGGGAGUCCUGCGCACUCGUGUCGGUUACGCGGGAGGUACUACUAAAAACCCCUCCUACAAAAAUAUGGGUGACCACACCGAAGUGAUUGAGAUAGACUAUGACCCAGAAGAAAUUAGUUACGAGGAGCUGCUGGAUUUGUUCUGGAACAACCAUGAGUACGGGCUAACGAAGCGGAUGAAGCGCCAGUACAUGUCCUUGAUACUCUAUCACGACGAGAAGCAACAAAAAAUCGCCGAAGAAAGCUUGGCCACCGAGCAAACCCAGCGUGCCCCAGAGAAAAUUGUCACCGAAAUUGCUGAGGCAGGACACUUCUAUCCGGCUGAAGAUUAUCAUCAAAAGUACCGGCUGCAGGGACACAGCGAUCUGGCCAAAGCAAUCGGCUUGACACCGGAGCUUUUACAAACUUCUCACGUGGCGGCUAGGCUCAACGGAUAUCUGAUCGGAGUCGGCGGACUGGAACAGUUUGAAUCCGAGGCUCCUUGGCUAGGGCUUGACACCGAACACAUUCACUACGUACGCAACUAUGUCAUCGAGAAUGAAGGAGGUGGUAUUUUUUGUUGAAGCAUUUCCCAUCGAUCCCCUUGGACAUUUUUGCUGCCAGAUGCAGAAGGAGGCUCUAAUGCUAGUACAAACUGAGGCUAUUUCGUUCAUAAUUCUGCUCUGCUUUAAUAGUGGUCAGUGCCUCAUAUUUAAGCUUGGCAUAAAAUCAUGUGAUACUAGUUUUUAUAAAACAACCAACCAAGGGAACGCUAUGUUAAUUUUAAAUAAAUUGAAUACUUUUAAAAAAAUUA